ACCACUCAAGCUACAACAACGAUUUCUUCAUACCAAUCACUAGAGAGUUUUACGUUUGGCGAGGAAGUAUCAGAUUCAAGUUUGAGAGGAGAUGAUGUAACAAGUCCAGCUUUGAAUGUUCCAACACAUAUUUACAUUGGGGAUAGAACAGAAGGAACUUUUGACACCGUUUAUGUUGGAAGUAAUGGAAUCAUAAGUCUGAAUGAGAGAUACAAUAGUUUCUCUAUAUAUGAAAUCACUUCCUCAUUCGUGAGCCAGAGGAGAUUUAUCUGUCCGUUUUGGACGGACCUUAUAUCUGGAAGUAAAGUCUACUAUAAUACAUAUACAAGAGGACAUUGGAGCGAUCAGUUAACACUGGAUAAAGCAAACCGUGUAAUCAGAACGCAUUACAGUGAUGAUUACCCGAGUUUCGAAGCGAUAUGGAUGCUGAAAGUAACGUGGAAAGACAUGGCCUUGUUUUCAAACAGGACGCAGAAUGUAACGGUACAAGCUAUUUUAGUAACGGAUGGAAUGAACACAUUUACAAUGUUUUAUUACAUUGAUGUAAACCUAUUGUUCGUCAAUGGACUUGAUAUAUCCGUGGGAUAUAGAUAUAGGAGUUUCUUCACUAGCAAUCCAUACUCUUGUCAGAGAGGAGCCUUCCGUCUCAGUCAAAUACCCGGCAACAGAGGAACUCCUGGAUUUUGGAUAUACAAAUUAACAACAGACAUACAAUAUUCAGGCAAUGAACUUUCGUGCUUUAAUUGGUACAUAAGAAAUAGGAACCAGCAAAUGAACACAAUUCUUCGCAAUCGAAGACAGUGGUGGUCUAACAUUUGUCCCUGUCAAAUCGAUUGGCUUGUUUUUGAUGGUGGAUUCCAAUAUUCAAGAACCGAUAUAACAAAUGGUGUAAUAUGUUAUGCCUCUAUGAUGUCUUUCAUAGGAAGUGCGGAAUGUUGUUACCCAAUCCGUAACUCUUGGUUCGGUUGGUUCGGAUGGUCUUGGUGGUCCAUUGGAUGGUUUGGAUCCACCACUCGUACUUGGACAAGACCAGCAGCUGGAACCCUCCUGGAGUACAGCCCGUUUUUUGAUCCGUCGCAACAUUAUAACGAGGAUCUUCUACCUAAAGAUCAUUGUUGUAGUUCUGGGCAUUGUGACUGGUACUACGAAGUUCGACCAAGAACAUGGUGUUAUAGGGUAUCCAGCUUUUGGAUCUCUUGGUUAUUUGGAGACCCUCAUAUUAAUACUCUUGAUGGACACCAAUAUACUUUCAAUGGAUAUGACGAAUACGUUCUGAUGAGGAUAAACACGAACGAGAAACAAUUUGAGCUUCAAGCCAGAACAGACUUGGCAGAGGGCGCCAAUGGUACAACAAUCAAUGCUACCAUAUUUAGUGCAUUUGCUGCCAGGGAUGACACGGGCGCCUUUGUUCAAGUGGAACUCUCCAGACAUAAAGACAAAAUGUACAUUCGAGGAAAUGAUCAGGAUAUUACUAACAAUUUUGAAGAUGAUAGUUCAUACAGAUAUUUCACAAGAUAUUUGGCCAUUACAAAAGAAAACCAAACAUACAUGGCCACCUUCCUUAAUUCCUCCAUAACAAUAAAGGGAACAUUAGGAGUACGGUUUCUGACAAUUGAGGCAGUAGUGGAUUCCAAAUACAAUGGCAGUGUUACUGGACUGAUGGGCAACUUUGAUGGAGAUAGAUCCAAUGACUUCAUUCUCCCUAACGGAACUAUCUUACAACAAGAGGAAGUCAACACGGAAAGAAAAAUUUACCACAGAUUUGGACAGUUGUGGGCUGUAAACGAGUCUACGUCUAUCUUCCAUUACGGUUCAGGACUAUCGCAUACUGACUAUUCUCAUCCUGACUUCGUGCCCUUCUUUGUUGAUGAGUAUCCAGAGGAUCAGAGAAGCGCAGCUCGAGAGGCCUGCGGCGGGGAAUUGGCUUCACAGGCGUGUAUUUUUGACUAUUUGGCAACAGGAGAUAAAGCUCUUGCUCUCUCAUCAGGAAACACAGAUAGCUCCAACAAAAAGGACCUUGUCAAUAUUGAAAAUCAACCUCCUUUUAUUGAUGGUGACGAAGUUAUUCAUGCAGAAGUAAACAAAAGUGUAAGGAUUAGUUUUAAUGCCUCUGACGAUAAGAGCUAUACCUAUCAGGUGCUAAAACAACCUUCCACUGGCUUCUCUUUUGACAAUGUGACAGGUAUAGCUUCUUGGACACCAUCAAAUACUGACUUCACAAGCAUAAGUAUAACCGUCAUUGACAGUGAUGGAGUAUCCGCCCCGGCAAUGGAUAUCAUCCUGAUACUGUGUAGUGCAUGUAGUCAUCAUGGCAAGUGUGAUUACAACAGAACACGUGACAUUUCAAAUAGUACAUUCAGGCUUGCAAGCUGUGUAUGUAACAAAGGAUACACAGGUGACGAUUGUGAACUUGACUCUGACGCCUGUACAGAUAAUCCUUGUCCUCUUGGACGUAACUGUACGGACCUUCCAGCUGAGGAGGAAUUGAGGAUUGGCAGAGGAUACAACUGCUCAGAUUGUCCUAGAGGAUAUGCAGAUGUUGACAAUAAGUGUCAAGAUAUCAAUGAGUGCAACUCCACUUCAUCCAACCAAUGUGGACAAGUGUGCGAAAACACAGAAGGAAGUUUCGAAUGUCAUUGUUUUAAUGGCUACCGAAUGAGUGAUGGAUCCUGUCAAGAUAUUGAUGAGUGUACUGAGGGAACUUCAGGAUGUGAGCAGAAGUGUGACAACACUGCUGGUUUGUUUGUAUGUUCCUGCGUCACAGGUUUUGAACUGAAAGGAGAUAACAGAUCAUGUCUGCAAACAGAAACGGACAUUUGUAAGCUUGCUGGGCUUUCCUGUCAAUAUGCCUGUGAUAAUGCUACUGGUGUCUAUAGAUGUAUUUGUCCUGCUGGUUAUGAGCUUACAAACAAUAACAGAAAUUGCACCAAUAUCAAUGAGUGUGAACGCGGCAUUUGUUCACAACACUGUUUGGAUACUGAGGGAUCCUAUCGAUGUUCAUGUUAUGUUGGAUACCGGCUGAACGAGGAUCAGACAACCUGUUCUGAAUGUGAUGCUCCAUACUACGGAGAGGGUUGCAGUCAGAUGUGUCAAUGUGGUGCUGGAAUGGACCGAUGUGAUCCAGUACAAGGAUGUGUGUGUUUAACUGGAUGGACGGGGUCAGACUGCAGCCAUGAUGUCAACGAGUGCAUCGUUAACCAAACUAUCUGUGGUACAGAUAAAAUAUGUCACAAUUUACAAGGAGGUUAUAGAUGUGACUGUCGCCAGGGAUACAGAAAAGAUGCAGACAGAUGUGUCGAUGUGGAUGAAUGUGCAAAUGCUGGAUCUAACAACUGCUCGUCUCUUACAUCUGUCUGCGAAAAUAAAGAUGGUGGAUUUAGCUGUCGAUGCAAGGCUGGAUACAUCCAGAAAAAUACAUUCGAGUGUGAAGACUUUGAUGAAUGCGAAGCCAAUAUUGAUGGUUGUACUCAGAUCUGUAACAACGUAAAUGGAAGUUAUGAUUGUGAUUGUCAUUUUGGAUUCUCCCUGAACGAUGACAGACAAACAUGCUCAAAAGUUCAAGAUAUCUGUCUUCUCUUUCCUGGCUUAAACUGCAGCUAUGGGUGCAAACAAGACUCAAAUAAUCAAACACAGGGGAAAUGUUUUUGUCCAGAGGGAUACAUACUCAACAAGUCUGACAAAUCAUCAUGCAUAGAUGUAAACGAAUGUGCAAAUAUCACUUUAAAUAAAUGCUCCAUGAGAGAAACGUGUGUAAAUACGCCAGGCUCUUUCAACUGUUCUUGUCCUGAAGGCAGAUACUUAGAAAACGAUGGAAGGACUUGUAGUGUGUGUGAUGGCUUUUCAUAUGGUUGGAACUGCAAGACUCCUUGUGAGUGCAGAGCAGGUGCUUCUCAUUGUGACCCUGUGAUUGGUUGUCGGUGCAAGAAUGGUUGGAUUGGUGCCAAAUGCAAUGCUGAUGUAGAUGAGUGUUUCAUGGAAAAUCCCUGUACCCUGGCUAACCAGGAAUGUAUCAACACUCCUGGUUCCUAUCAAUGCGUCUGUCAGAAAGGAUUCGAAGAUAGAUCAGGGAAUUGUGAAGAUAUUGAUGAAUGCGUGAGCCGCCCUUGUUCUCAGCUGUGCAACAACACUAUUGGAGGUUACUCCUGUGGUUGCUUCAAUGGAUUUCAACUCGUUGGUGAAAGCCAGUGUAUUGAUAUUGAUGAAUGCAGCUCACCAGUCAAGCCAUGUGAUCAAGUCUGUACAAAUACACUGGGUAGCUUCAAAUGUAGCUGUCAUGACGGGUAUCUGUUGAACACAACAAACAGAAGAGAUUGUUAUGCAAAGACCGAGUGUUCAAAUGCGUCUGCAUCAUGUUCUCAGAAGUGUGGAGUUAAAGCUGAUGGGUCAGAGUACUGCUUUUGUGAAAAUGGCUACAUAUUAGACGUAACAGACAACCGAACAUGCAUCGAUCAAGAUGACUGUUCACCUAAUCCUUGUAGUCAAACGUGCGUUCAGAAUGCACCUGGUCAGGGUUAUUUAUGUACCUGUGUAGUGGGCAAAAUGUUAGAUCAAGACAAACGCACCUGCACAGAUUGUACAAAGUGGAGUUUUGGUCCCAAUUGUGCAAAUCAAUGUCCCUGCAACAUCCAGAAUUCUGUGUCCUGUGAUCGUGUUACUGGUACUUGUACAUGCAGACCGGGGUGGAAUGGAACAAACUGUGAGAGUGAUAUCGACGAAUGUAGGCAGUUUGAUCCCUGUCCUCGGUCUUCCUCUUGUGUUAAUUCCAUGGGCUCUUAUACUUGUUUAUGUGAUGAAGGAACAGCCAUGGCGGGUGGACUCUGUAUUGAAUGUUCUGGAAACAGUUACGGUCGGAAUUGUGGAUUCCAGUGCCAAUGUGAUCAAAGAAACACAAUAUCAUGUGAUAAAAGAAACGGUACCUGCUAUUGUCGAGAAGGCUGGACCGGACUUAAUUGUUCUACUGAUGUACAGGAAUGUACUCUGACUCCGAAUAUCUGCGGUGGGAAUGCAAUCUGUAUUGAACAGUCGGGUUCUUUCAGCUGUCAGUGUAAACCAGGCUUCGAAAAAACCUCCUCUAGAAGUUGUUCAAAUAUUGAUGAGUGUGCAAUAGGUACCCAUACAUGUGACCCAAACGCCCGCUGUACAGAUACCAUAGGUGGUUAUUUAUGUACAUGUGAUUCUGGAUUUACAGGAGAUGGACAUGCUUGCUCGGAUUUGAAUGAAUGUUCAUCGCCGAGCGUUUGUGAUCCAAAUUCCAAAUGUAACAAUACCAUUGGCAGCUUCGAAUGUAUAUGUGAUCCCGGGUUUACUGCAAAUGGAAAGAAUUGCUCAGACAUAGACGAGUGUCUGGAUGGUAUAUCGAAUUGUCACUCAAAUGCAGUUUGUAAGAACACAAUGGGAAGUUUUCUCUGUCAAUGCAAUGACGGUUUCGAAGGCGAUGGACAAACAUGCAAAGAUAUCGACGAAUGUUCAAGGAACACGCCUUUAUGUGAUACGCAUGCGUUCUGUAACAACACAAUUGGGGGUCACACAUGUACCUGUCGACCAGGUUUUUAUGGCAAUGGAAUUACCUGCUUAGAAAAUGAUGAGUGUGAGGAGAAGACUCACAGCUGUCAUCCUAAUGCCUCUUGUAUAAACACAUUUGGGAACUACUACUGCGAAUGUAAACCUGGUUUCUUUGGUAGCGGCAGAACCUGUAGCGAUGUCAAUGAAUGCAGUGAUGGAACCAGUGGUUGUCAUCUAAACGCUUCUUGUCAGAACACUGUCGGGAACUUCUCCUGUACUUGUGACAGUGGUUUCUUUGGUGAUGGAUUCAACUGUACGGAAUGCCUUGAUAUGACGUUUGGUGUUAGCUGCAAAAACCAGUGCCUGUGUAACAUCAGCAACACUAGGACAUGCAAUAAAGUGACAGGAACGUGUUUAUGUAAAGAUGGUUGGCAAGGAGAGACUUGUGAUGAAGACAUCUUUGAAUGCACAGAGAGACCAGAAAGGUGUGGACCAAACGCCGUAUGUACAGAAUUACCCGGACACUUCAACUGCUCAUGCCUGGAGGGAUAUCAAAUGAUGCCGAAUAGUCUCUGUGAAAAUAUAAAUGAAUGUAGUACCCAGCAACAUAACUGCCACGCCAAUGCUCAGUGCAACGAUACUGAUGGGCAUUUUAUUUGCACUUGUAAGCCAGGCUUUGUCGGAAAUGGAACGUUUUGCAGAUCAAUACCUAAGGAACCUAGCAUCACAGAUGCUCAGGAAGAGAAAUACAGGAUAAAAGUAAGGUUUGAUAUACAGACAGACCUGAUUACCCUGGAGAGUCAGUACGUCCAGGUAUACCAACAAAUGACCACUGCGCUUACCUCGUUCUAUCAAGCAACCAUCACUGGAUUUGAGAGAGUGGUUAUUCUGCACAUAACAAUUGGAAGUCUUAUAGUUGAUCACGAAUUAAUAACAGAAAAGGCAAUCUCCAAUGUACCAGAGACGGACAUUACAAAAGCCUUACAACGUCUAUCCAAUGGAGACGUCAAGAUUGUUUAUGGGGGCCGAGAACAAACAAUACUGUCACUUGAAUUUAAAAAUGCCGUAACAAACAAAUUUCUUAAUGUCAGCUCCCUGGAUUUGUGCGAUAUCUAUCAAGCGGUACACCCAUGUCCCAAGAACCAUGCAUGCUUGGAAACAAACGGAAAUAUCGCCUGCAGCCCAUUGCCCAUAUCUGAAACAUACAAGUUGAUAAUGGGACUUGGAAUAGGUAUUUCGUUUGGAGUUAUCGUUCUUUUGACUCUUGUCAUCGUCUUGGUUUACCUGAAGAGAAGACGUGAUACAAGUGAUAGGGAGCCUAUUCCAGACUAUGAUAAUAGAUCCGUGAAAAGCGGUGGUACCGAUGAUUCUUUGAUACAUUCAUCAAUAAAAGGAAUGCCAAAACGCUUGGACACGACAGGGAAGCGCGGACCUUUCAGUUUUGGAAAUGAUUCCUGGAGCAAUGACAGCGACGCAAGUGUCAAGGCAGUCAGAUCUUCCUCGAAUUACUUCCGCAGAAGUAAUUAUUAAGUAACGACUUGAGUACAUGCCUGCCAAUCUGACAUGCUGCCUUGAA